UCUUCACCACCCACAACACUUUUCACUUCUCUCCCUUUCUAGAGAAAACGUUGUUUCUGUUUCUGUUUCUGUUCUGCGACCAUGGCCAGCGUGAAGGUUGCAUGCAUGGUCGUAAUGUGCAUGGCUGUGGUGAGUGCACCUAUGGUGGCGCAGGCCGUUACAUGCGGCCAAGUGACAACGAGUCUGGCACCGUGCCUUGGUUACUUGAUGAAUGGUGGAGCGGCCGCACCGGAGUGCUGUACCGGAGUGAAGAACAUUCUGGGCGCCGCCGGCACCGCCGCCGACAAACAAACCGUGUGCAACUGUCUCAAAGAUGCUGCUGGUAAGUAUAACAUCAACGAACAGUAUGCUCAGGCACUCCCUGGCGUCUGCAAGGUCAAUGUCCCUUACAAUAUCAGCCGCUCCACCAACUGUGCAGACAUCAGGUUCUGAACGAGCAAGUAGCUUUGGUGAUUUCAUACUGAGGCAGCAUUAUCAGAAUAAGAGAAAGCGAGUGUGACUGUAGGGCUCCACUUAUGCGAGCCUCUUAGUUUCUCAGCUUCUGUUAUCAUAGUCUUUGGUGUUGGGUGCGAUUAUUUAAUGUAACUUAGUCGAUUGUUGCAUGUAAUAACACGUAUUUGAUAUAGUAAUUCCAUCCAUUAUUGUUGCGUACCGUGUUAA